AUGGGAGGCGAGUUUGACUGGACCGAGAUAGAGCAACGCUGCCGCAUCGCCAAGCGGCGCCUCGACACCAACGUCGACGACACGCUGAGUCGACACACCGGAGUAGAUGGCGAGGUCCACGCCCCAUCAACGCAGACUCCAAACGCUGUAAAGAAAAGCGAGGAGGUCGACGGCAGCGACGAGGGUGAUGCCGUCGUCUCCGUCAACGUGCUGUCCGAUGAGUCUCCUGUGAACACGUCGGUGUCGCUGCAGAGUCCCUUGCCGGCACCCCCGCUGACCCCCUUCCUUCCUCCUCCUCCGCUGUCGAUUCAGCGCAAAGGAAGGAAGAACCUUGCAGCAGCAGCAGCAGCAUCAGCAGCAGCGCUAUCGGCCCACCAGCUGCCGCCGCAGCCUGCGGGUACGAUCACCGUGCGUUGUCCGGAUGGGACCUCUGUGCCACUUCUAACCAGCAGCAGCAGCAGCAACGACUACUGCCACCACCGUUGCGGCGGCCGUCACUCCGCUGGCACCGCGAAGGCUACAAAACACGGCAGCAAGAGCGAGCAGGGGCCAGCGGUGGUGGGAGAGCAGCGCGACCCGUACGGCCUCGGUCGCCGCCACACUCGUUGCACGAACACGGCGAAUUCGCACAAUGACACAACAGUAGCAACAGCAGCAGCAGAAACGACAUGUGUGGCGCAGCUGCUGCGUUCACUGCGCCGCCUCGACGCGGUGCGGUCGCAGCGGGCUGCGGUGGCCGCUCGAAGUGCCGAAGCGACGGUGCGACUCGCGGACCUCCGCUGCAGGCUUUACGAAGUUGGCGUGUCGUUGCCGUCCUCCGCCCUCGCCUCCACAUUACCCACCGCGAAAGGCGUGGAAAGAGAAGGAAGUACGACGCUCAAGUCAACGAACACAUCGGCUCAGAAGGCGGCGACGACGCACGAAUUGUUGGUGCGUCAGCUGCGCGCGUCGGACCGGGUGAAUGACGAGCUGCGCAGACGCUACGAAGCCCUGCAACAGGAGAAGAGACACGCCGUGACGCUGCGGGACGCCAGACUGCGGCGACACACAACACUGCCGCAGCAUCAGCAUCAACAGCACACCGCAGCGGGUGCAGAUGUGGGCAUUCGUUCUCUCUCGCCGAUAUGCGAUGCGUCGUGCUCCUCGCGCCUCACCUCCCCCAUCAGCCGCAUUGGCCCUGCGCUUAUGUGCCACACCAACGACAGCAACCGCCCACAUCACGCAUUAGAUGUACAUGCGCAACUGCGACAGGGUCGGCUACAGCCCUGGGAGGAUCGCCAGGCAGCGGCACUGCGGCAGAAAAAAGAACUGCGGUCGUUGCUGGAGCUGGCGAUGGCGAGAGAGCGUGGACGACAGACGGCGCGGGUGCAGCUCCGCUCGCGCGGCUUCGUGACGGGUGAGGAUGAUGACGAUGUAGCGGUAGAGAAGCACGGCUGUCCCCCCUCUCCCUCGGUGCAACUGAUGUGA